AUGGAUAUGCCUCUCGACAGACUCUUUCAUAUGCAAAAUCUUAUUAUCAGGGGGGGAUAUGUUCUAUCACCCCUAGAAAUAAAGCGAGUAAUGGGGAGAGAUCUAAGGGACUUUUUAAAGGGGUUAAUACCUGAGCGGCCAGAAUUCAUGAUUACGGGAGGCGGUGGAGAAGAUAUAAUUCAUGUAAUUAUGCCCUCUAGAAAAGAGGAUGCAUUGGUCUUAAUGGGGCUAUCCAUAACCCUACUUCGUCUUUAUCGUAGUGAGAUGCCGGAAGAAGGUUACCGAAUCGAUUGUCUGCUUCCUUCUUUUUAUUCUUGUCUUCAACAAGAGGAAAGGGUAGAUAGACUGUACAGGAUUGACUUGGGGGAAUCAAUAAGAGAAAUUCCUUCCUCUAUGAUCAAAUCGUGGGUAAAGCCUUUAGUUGGAGAUGGAUCAGUUUAUAGACUAAUUUCUUUCUUAGCCUCACUGUUUUUGAAGAUUUGGGAGGUAUUCGCGUCUAUACAAGCAGUGGCGGCUCAGGCAUACCACCUGCGGGUGAUAUCACUCGGGUUUUACUCGAUAUAG